AUGGCUCGAUAUUCUCAGUUUGAUUUCUACCAGCAGUCCCCCUCAACAGUAGGCGUGCCCCCUUCCGAAGAGGAUGAGAUGAGUGUACUAGACGACAAGAUCCUCGACCCCUCGCCCGACCUCGACCACCGCCGCUCUUCUUAUGAUACACAAGACGCUCUCUCACAUCGAGAUUCUGUCUGGUCCAACUACUCUCACUCAGGCCCAAAUCAGUCUCGUCCCACAUCACAUUUGGGUCAAACCAUGCUGGAUUCAUCCGGUGCUUUCAUGGCUGUCGACGGUCCGCACUCGACCUCCUACGCCCAAUCCUCGUGGCCUCUGUCUCGCACGGAAUCCGGGUCAUGUACACCGACCGCUGGCUACGAGCAGUAUCCUGCCGAGGGAGACAGCAGUUCGGCGCCAUUUGCGGGGGGUGCUGUGGGACCUGUCAGCUCCAUGCCCAUGAACCCCAUGUCUUAUCGAGGCGGCAUGGCUCAGGGCUGGAUGCCGGCGCCCAUGGAUCUGGCUGAUGCGGCUGCCCAGUCGACGAAGAGCCCGACCUACCGGAACGGCUCGCCGUUGAUGGUUCGACGGGAUGGCAUUCGGAAGAAGAAUGCUCGCUUUGAGAUUCCAGCUGAGCGGACGUUGAGCAACAUCGACCAUCUAAUUAACCAGUCGACCAACGAGGAAGAGAUCAAGGAGCUCAAGCAGCAGAAGCGGCUGUUGCGGAAUCGGCAAGCAGCACUGGACUCUCGUCAACGCAAGAAGCUGCACACCGAAAAGCUCGAGGAAGAAAAAAAGCACUUUACACAGACCAUCGGAGAUCUGGAAGAUGCGCUGCAGAACAUGAAGAUCAGGGAGGCUGAGCUCAUGCGCGAGAAGAGCGAGUGGAUCGCCGCCCAGCAGCAGAUCAACCAGUACCUCGAGGGCUUGCACAUGGAGAAGGAUGAGAUGAUUCGUGUGCACACGCUGGAGACAGCGGAGCUGCGCAAGAAGAACAACAUUCUGAUCGAGACUGUGGAGAAGCUAGAGCGGGGCGCCAAACCGGCUGUUCCCGACAACCUCGCCGGCGAUUUCUCGGGCUUCGAGAAUCUGGGUAUGGACGGCAAUCCAUGGGACGAUUUCGCCAUGCCAAACGGACUGCCGCUGCACUCUGAAUCUCUGCCUGCUUCCUCGACCGCUGUUCAGCCCCAGCCGCUUCGACAGGCGAACGGGAACCCCGAGAAGCCCAACCCCGCUGUCGCAUCGGACUGUCCCUUCAGCUGGAAUGCCUUCUAUAUGUGCCUUCUCUUCGGGGCCUUCAUCGCUUCCAACAGCACCUCGCUGCCCGGUCGCUCACUUCCUCAAAUGUCCGAGGAGUACCGCGCCGAGUCAGCUAACGUGUUAAAAGCGGUUCUGGCCUCCUCGCCACCGGAAAUGGCCCAACCAAGCCACAACGCAGCUGUGUCUGCGUCCGCAACUGGGUCUGCCCAGCCGACUACCAUUACCGGCAUGGAGAUGGUGCAGAUGGGCUCGGGACCGACCGCGUCCUCGGCGCUGGACGAGCUGCACGACACUUUGGUGAUGCCGACCGAAGACCAGCAGCGUGAACAGGUCUUCUCGCUGAAUGCUGAGCAGUACAACUCGCUGACCACUUUCGAUGACCAUGGUGCCGGCCUCAAGCCCCAGCAGCCGUCGAAUCUGCAGCAGGCGCUGGCGGCGAUGCGCAACACUGCAGCACAGCAUCGCAUACAGGCUGCCUCGACCUCUGACGUUUACACCAGAUCGCUGAUGUGGGACCGCGUCCCGCAGAAGGUGAUCCGUGAUUUCCGUCGCAUGGUGCAGGAAUACGGCGCUAGUCCGAUGAAAGAUGCCACGGCGGGCUUUCAGGCGGUUUAA